AUGUGCCACAUUCAGCCUCAGUCCCGCGGGACCGGAAAUCAGAGGUCAUCUACCGACGUCCCAGGAUCCCGUAUGGAACACGACAAUAACUUGUCACCGCACAUGAACACGCGUGCAAGUUUUGUCAGCGAUUCACCUUCGUCGCUAUUUCGUACAGGAAUAACAGGAACUGGUGCCAUUGACUCUAGAGCCUCCUUUGUCGUCCGUAAACUAAGGUAGGGAGUUGUAAUGAUCAUCCUCAUUGCAAUCAGUCAGUUCGAAUAAGACUGUUCUCACGGAGGGACCAGACCACACCCCAACGGGUUCGUGGAAAUUUGGCUAAUUUACAGUAACUUUGUUGGCUCUAACUCUUCCUCUUAUCCACCUUAACCUGAAAAAAUAUAAACUUGAAUUAUCACAUAUUUUGGCAUUAAAAAGUUAAAUUAUGACGUCAAACUUGCCGACGUCAUUCAUACGUAAAUUUUAAACUUAAACUCUCCCAUUUUUCCCCAUGUUACCAGAAAACCAUUGAUAAUUUCAUAAUUCGACAUUUUGCGUCAAACACACACUUAUAAUAACCUGGUCUGCAUUUGAAGUCUGUCUGUUGGGUUGACGUUCAAGAAGUGAAAAGAAAUGUAAAAGACACGGGUUGGCUUGGCCCCACCGUGCUAGGGUUGAGCUAAUCGGACGAUUUCACUAGGGUCAGUUUGAUAAGUCUUCUUCAGGUUGUUUGUUCUUCUGCCAAUGGUUGAGUUCAAUACCUCUCCAUUUCAUGUAUCUCUUAGCAACAUCUUUAAGCGCAAUCUACGCCACCUUUGAUUACGCAUUCACCAUUAGAAUUGACUUUACGAGUACAACAGCUGGUUUGGCAAGUCUGGCAUCCUAUGUACAACUGACUAAGCCAAGGUUUUUUUUUUCGAUUACUUUUCCCCAAACGUUUGUCCUCCUAUAUGAGGAUACUUUCAUUAUUCAUUAUAUAUGACUCUUAUUUUACCUUAUCAUUAGCCUUGGAGCAAGCUCUCCGGGGCGCUCCUUCCCACUACGUCUCUGGAAUUUGAAUUCUACUGAGCUGUCUCAGUUUUCCGCCAAUCAGCGCGAAUGUAAACAAACAUUGAAAAGCACGUGUCAAGGGUAAUGACGUCAUUACUAAUGUCAUCUCCGCUAAUAAGCAUUCCGCAUCGACUUUUUCGAUACAGAUGUUCAAAUUCCAGAGACGUAGUUGCAACUGAGUUCUCCUUCCUUUUCCAACCCCUCUGCCAUAGCGCGCCGGAGAGCUUGCUCGCAAGCUAACUCAUCAUAUCCUGGUUUAAAGGAUGGAUGCAUGGGGCCAAAGUAUGAGCUCCAGGUAUUUGCUUUGCGAUACUUAGUUUCUUGUGUCCGAAUGCUGAUUUUUAUGAGAGAUUGUUUUUAGAUUUCUCGAGGCUGAAACGCCAUACAAAAGGGCUCUUUGCCUGUUAUUGAGUUUCCACUGCCUUAGCUAUGUAUAGCGCGGUAAUGAAAUAUUAUAACAGUAAUUUUUCAGAUCCGGAAAUGCUGGAUUUUGUAAAUUAAUUAUUAACUUCACCUCGAUUCGCCCGAAAAUUCAUUAAAUCAUGGAGGUGUUCGAUAUAUAAUAACGAACCCUCGAUAUAACGAAAAAAAUUUCCCCUGUCUCUUGACACUUCGUUAAAUCGAGUUUCCACCGUAAUAGCCACAGCCUUAAAUUGUUAUAACUCAUCAAAACAUCGUUAAAGUCAUCUUUAAUGGCUUAUAACUCAAACACGAUUCAGCGAAACCCACCGACAUUGCAACUGAUAUAAAAAGGUCUCUUUAAAGGAAAACCUCUGUAAGACGGACACCUAGUGUUGGUCCCUGCCGUUUUUCAGUCAUUUUACUGUAACUAUACUCUCUAUAAGACGGACACCUCUCUAAGACGGACAACGAACGCUUUUCAAACCAUCAACGGACAAUUGAGAAGUGCUUUAUGUAGAGGGAAACCACCUCAGACCAGAAAAGGAGGUGCGUUGAGACCAAGAAGCGGUGAACGUAUACUUGUCAUGAACGUUUGAUCAUGAUUGCACAAUAAGAAAAUAGUUCCACUUUCCUGUUACAAUGUUCCAGUCAUAAUCUGUUUGGAACAAGUUAAACAGACGAGGUCGUGUGUUCAUUGCUAAUAGGUACAGCUUUCCUGGUAAAGCCACGUUACCCCGAAUCUCCGGAAACCUCUCUAAGAUGGACAGUUAGUGCCGGGGCCCGAAGGUGUUCUUCUUAGAGAGAGUCAACUGUGGGAGUUUUUAAGCAAACGUUAAUAAAACAAUUAUGUCUUGAGGUCACAGAGCCAUCUUAAAUUUUAUAAAAGGUUUUAAAAAGUUCUUUAGUUUAAUAGUGCUGAUAAAAUCGACUGAUAUAUAACGUGACUGAUUGACCGGGUAAUGUAAUUUAUUGCAGGGUACGGGAUACUUCUGACAAAAUAGAAACUUGGGACGACCUACUAGAAGCGGGAGAAAAACCACCUUCUAAUUCCCAGGGUCCAUGGCCGGGAAUGGCGCGCAGUGGUGCAGCUAAUGAAGCUGGUGCGAGAGGUGGAGUUACAAGAACAAGUUUUCUAAACACAGCUGGCUGGAAGAUGUCCUUUGGUGGAAUGAGACAUAGGUACGUCUAGGGGCUAUUAAUACAACACCGAGGUGACUUUCAAUUUUGAGUUUACUCCAUUCGUUAUAUAUUUCUCCAUAUUUUUUUUUACAUGAUACCAAAACGACAUUUCAUUUCCGUUCAUUCCCUCCGGAAUGAGUUCAUUCAGCGUUUCAAUCGGAGUGAAAUGCUCGUUCUUAUGCCAACUUCAUUCCGGUAUCAUGUAAACUCAAAACGAACUUUGAUAUGAAUUGAACAUCAAACAUCGUGUAGUCUGGGAUGAAUAGCGCAUGAGUACCUGAUCUGGCGCAAAAACCACGUGAGGGAGAACGCCUUAAGCUAAGCCGGUCUAUUUAAACACGUGAAUAUAACUUAUUCGUACUUCAUUCCGGAGCGAAACUCUCCGGAAUGAAAGUAAUUUCGGUAUCCUAUUAACAUCCCCUUAAGACCGCUGGUCGGCGAAAGCAUUCUCUCUUCUGGUCGAAAUUCUCUCUGCUCGCCCGCGCACUUGCAUAUCAUUCCCGCUCUAAGAAUUCCGAGCAACGUUAUAAUUUGAACCGGUUAUGCUUUCAGACGAUAUGGAAUCCUGCAGUCAUUGGUAAAUCAAACCCAGAACGUUGCAACUGUUGAGCAGACGCCUCUGUGGCACCAAGUGGCCACAUCUGAGAAAAGUAAGAACUUGAGCCGCAGAGGUUUUAUGUAUUAUAAUAGGGGUGGGGGGAGGGGGAGGGGGAUUUACCCCGGGGGAAGGGUGUGGUUGUUUAGGAAUGUUUCGGGGUGAGUGCGUCGCGCUAGAAUCCGGGAACCCCUUCCAAUAACCAACUAAUCAACUGCAACUUUUACAAUACAGUAAGUAGUAAUAGUUGACACUAGAGCUGCCCCCGCUUUGUGUAUUACCGGUCAAUAGUAUUCUUGCUCGUUGUGUAGCUCUUUGAAAUAUACCAAUUCGUAUUGAAGAUUUUCACACAUAUUCCAUACAAUAGGUGAGAGUAAAACAGCAAACGCAAGGUUCCAUACUCUGUUUCAGUUCGAUUUACACAGCUUUGAUGAAAACAUUCGCAGUUUCGAGAAUAGUUUAUUCUAAACCAUAAGAAACUAUUUAAUCAGAAGUUGGAAGUUGCCACUAUUUCUCCUUCUUUUUUUACAUACAGUUCAUUUUAUUUGCCGGAAAGUAAGCCUUAGAAAUUCAAAGCUUUAAUGAAUUCUGGUUGGCGCUUUCUAGUCUUUGUUACUUUAAACUUUAUGAAAGGAAAUCUGUGAGCUGGGAAUAAGUCAGCAUAGAAUUCGUUUGUUGGCAAAUUCCUGUAAUCGUCCAUCGUUCUGCUAGUGAUAAGCUACCCGUUGACUCACUCGUCUUGCUUGUUUGCAGUUAUUCCCCCAAAGAGAGAGAAAGAGUGUCUAGCAACACAUUGUUUCCAACGAAAGAUUUUUGAACUCGCUUUGGCAAACUCUCCAAGUGUUCAGAUAUACACAGUUGUGCGGAGGCUAAAAUUUGCCAGUUAGGACCCCUCUAUAAAGAACCUGUUUAGCCUAAAAAUUUGAAACAGGUUAUUAUUUUUCUACAAUUGUUUGAAAAAAUUUUGUACUCUUGUGCAAAUAAGAUAUUUUAGUCAACAUUCUGAAUCCUAAUUGGAGACAUCGGGGCAGGUUGUCUGUUAGCUGCGUGAUAAAGUAGCUUAUUAAAUAUUUUCAAAACUGUUAGCCUGCGUAGCAGGCGUCGAAAGGGGUAGGGGGUAGGGGAUAGGGAGGAAGGGAAAAAGGGGAGGGAGAUUGGGGAGAGGGGGAGGGGACGCCUGCUCUAAGAACCCCCUUUUGUUCAUAUCUGCGGACGCUGGCGUCCGCAAAUUCCUGAUUGGCUGAGCCGUAAUGAGUAACAUAUUGAAAUGCGCGUUUCACAAAUCAACAAACAGUCGAGAUGGCAGCGGUAGACGUGGAUGUCGUAGAGAGUGCUUUGAGAGAUGUGAAUUUAUCUAGUGGUAGAGAAACUGUUUUAAAACCAGAGCAAGAAUCAUCAGUAAGGGCUCUUUUACCCGACAGAGAUGUUCUGGCGGUUUUGCGGACCGGAUACGGCAAGAGUUUAAUUUACCAAAGGUUUGUACGCGAGAAGAACUACGAGCUAAAUGGUAAUGCGGCGAUUCUCGUCAUUUCGCCACUGAAAAGUAUUAUCGAAGACCAGUUGCAGGAGAUGGAAUUGUUGGGCUACCCAGCGAAAGAUUUAGCCAAUUUAUCGAACGAUGACAUUCGCCGAAGUAACUUAGCAAUAAAAGAGGGUGGUUUUACCUCAUGCCAAACUGCUGCUUAUUCCAAUAAAGUUGUUUUUAUCUGCUGGGUAGAUUAUGCUCCGGAAGGUUCUGCAUUUAUACUGAGCAAAUGUUAUUUUAGCCGCAUGUUUCACUCUGAGAGGUCAUGACAUACAUAUCGAUUGACUGUAGUUAUUGUUUUCUGGUCGGCAGGAUUUGCCCUCUGAUGCAAGCGCAAUUUCUUUGACCUCUUUUGAAGCGUAAAGCUUUUUUUAUUACGGCUGAAUAAGGGUUCCAAUUUUCUCCAAAGUGCCUUCUAGAUCUGAAUAACUAAGCGAAUUUCUUUAGUCCGUGAGUGUAAUGUUUUUCUGCAAUGGCGAGUGUAGCGACACUUGAUUGACAGUAAGCGUAAUCGGAUUACUAGAAAAUUGGUAGGCGUUAUGCAAAAACAUAGGCUCUUAGAGCAGGCGCUCCCUUCCCUUUUCCCUUUCUCCCUCCCCCCUCCUCCUCCCCUUUUUGCGCCUGCCACGCAGGCUAAAAACUGUUUGCACUUAUCCCGGCAAGUGACUGUCCCCCCUUCCCUAAAAGUCAAGUAAUAGUCCCAUUGCGGGAGGGACGGAACACGCAACGCCCUCUUUGUACGCGUGGCAAUUUUGUCUUUUCUCCACAUACACGCUACUAAGAAAUAUAUUGGGCUUUGCACAGGCAGCCCAAUAACUACCAGCUUAGCCUGGUUCAGGCUCUAAGUUAGUGAUAUACAAAGAUCGUUAAAACUGAUACGAUAAACCCUCGGGGGCUAUUAGGCUUUGACCUUCUUCUCGCUACUGUUUGAGAGGCUGGCACUGGCUACUAAACCAUUCAGAGCGGAUAUUCAAGUCGUUUUUGAUGAUCAUUUGUAGGCCUGGAAUAGAUUUCCAAAAACAGUUCAAUAUAAUAGCCCUGAAAGAACAAUUUAGAUUAUGUUUCUUUUUUCUUUUAUAACCUGUGUAGAUGCUAAAGACAAUGGAAACAGUGGCACAUUUACCAAGAGAAGGUGACUAGAUGUUAAUUGUAAUAAAUAAUAUGGACACUCACAGGUCGAUGAGGUCUUAGUGGAGCUCCAUGGGCGCGCUUUGCGCCCGCGAGCGUAGCUCCAUACCUAAGAAAAUGAGGUAAUCUACCCAUCCAAGAAAUUUUGGUAAUCACGUGACCGGAAGCCGUCCGUCCGCACCACGGUUUACCAAUGUAAAAUAACUAAAUCAUCAUGCAUGGCAGACAAAUUGCGUAGUCCCACCCACACCUGGAAUUUCUGUAAUUUUUCAGCUUUGUUGGGUACCCUCUGGAAAAGAUACUUACGUAAAACAGUUGUUCCACUAUAUUUUUAUGCGAAAGAUAUUUUUUUUCGAUAAAAUGAGAAAAAUCUUUCCAUUUAUGUUAAUACGGUGUCUGAUGAACUCAAGGACGUUCUCAGCUAAUAAUUAACCAUACAGGCGAACGGAUACCUUACACUUUUGACUACACGAAUAAUGUCAUCUGCAAAAGAACCAUUUAGAUUCAAACUAAACACCACAUGAUCGGGCUUUCGCUCUUUACACUCAACUGUAAGUGCUCUCCUUGAAGCUACUUAUAAUUAGGCCUUUAAUAUCGAUCGUGGUAAUGUUAAUAAUGCUAUGGUUUUUCUUGAUUUAAAAAAGACAUUUGACACUGUUGUACAUGAUAUCCUUUUAUCUAAAAUGAACCUUUACGGAAUGCAAGGAAUUGGUCUCGAUUGGUUUAGAUCGUAUCUGACAAAUCGUACACUACGAUUUCUAGUUAAUGGUUCCUUUUCUAGAAUCUGUUCACUUCAAUGAGGGGUACCUAAGGGAACAAUUCUUGGUCCCCUUUUAUUUCUUAUUUAAAUCAACGAUUUACCAAACUGCCUAACUUCAUGCCAGCCUAGGAUGUAUGCUGAUGACACGCACAUCACUUAUGCAGAUGUUGAUGUGAAUUCAAUACAGCUAAAUUUGAAUCACGAUUUAGGUAAUCUAAACAAAUGGCUUUUUUCCAACAAACUUACUUUGAACACUGCUAAAACUGAAUUUAUGCUAAUUGAAUCAAGACAAAAAUUGAGUACUUUUGUCGAGCCAACCAGCCGAGCUCUCGAUUGAUAAUGUUCCGAUAGAAAAAUCGCUUGCAUGGAAUAUUUAUUGAUGAAAAUCUACGGUGGCAAACGCACAUCGAUAAAUUAUCUAAGAAGAUCGCUUCCGGGAUAGGAGCAAUUAAAUUAAAAGAAUUAGAGAUUUUGUUCCAACGCUUACUCUCCAUUGUACAUACAACGCUCUCAUUCAAUCUCAAUUCGAUUAUUGUAAUAUUGUGUGGGGUAAUUGUGGAAAACCUUUGUUUAACAGGCUACAGUAGCUUCAGAACCGUGCUGCUCGUGUUCUAACCUUUUCUAGAUAUGAUGCUGAUGCCAACCGCUUAUUUAGACAACUUAAUUGGAAAGACUUGAGCACUCAGUUUCAAAUGAAAAAAGCCCUAAUGGUUUACAACUCUUUAAAUGAUCUUGUUACAGGAUAUUUAUCCUCUAAAUUUGUUAAACGAUAUGAAACGCGCUACUCCCUAAGGGACUCUGUUAACAAAGUAAUUGUCCCGUUCCCGCGAACUAACUUCAUGAAGAACAGCUUCAAUUAUAGUGGAGCAGUUCUCUGGAACAGUCUGCCUGGUGAUAUGACUGAGGCUAAAUCUUUAACUCAAUUUAAACGAUUGGCUCAUCUAAAUUUCUGUUUUUUAAAGUACUGUACGUGUACACGGCACUCAUGAAAACCAGGUCUUAGUUAGAUUAGUUGUAGACAGUUUUGCGUAUUGUUUAGGGUAGUUAAGUUUAUUUAUAAUUUUUUAUACUCCUGAUGAAUUUUACCGUGUUUAAAUAAAGAAUUUUUCUAUUCUAUUCUAGACCCCCUGGAAAUACCCCCACCCCUCGGAAAUUGCCUCCUUUUCGACCCCCCUCCCCUUGGAAUUUCCUUUGCCCUCAAGGGGGGGGUGGGUAAGGAUAUUUUCUGGAACUUAACAUUACAACUCGAGGCUAUUUUGGCGGGAAAUUGCCUAGCCACCAGCGUCUUGUGAAGCAGAGACAACUAAAGAGUCAAUCAAAACGAAAACGGAAAGCGGAAAUUAUUUCUAUAUUCGUGUUGUCUAAACUCUUAAACUUAGAUUAAUUGUCAUGUCCACAAAGACGGAGGAGAAAGACGGAGAAAGACGGAGGAAAAAAAACAAGUAAGCGACAGGCCAGCAAAGCUUAGCGAGAAAAAGAAAAAGAGCGACAGAGGGCUAGAGCUAGAGAUCAAAAACAAAAUUUAAAGAGACAUUUUUUGUUGGAAGAACAACAUUAAGGACUUUUAUCAACGGUGAGAAAAUGAGAAAUCCUAGCGACCUCAAAGGUGAAAAUGAGCAGCAGGGAAAAAAAACGUGGACAAGAACACGUACGGCAGUCCCUCCAUAAAGGUGACGUUACUCGGGACGAUUCGCAACGACAACUUUUAGCGCAACACAUCCUUGCAAUGUUGGAACAAUGUUGCCACGCUGUGUUACGCUAAAAAUCGUCGUAACGGUUACGAAUCGUCUCGUGUAACAUAACCUUGAACCCGCGUGUAACUGGGACGUUUCUGGAAGUUUCACGUUGUAGUUGUGGAAGGCAACGGCAAAGAAAUGUCCAAAAAAGUGUGCUGAAGGUGCAAAGUUUCUUUUUUUUGGUUAUUAAACCUAUUGUUGUUUUUUCACCGUUCUCUUUGCCUUUGCAGCUUAAGGUGAUGUUAAGGUGAUGUUACACGGGACAAUUUGCGACGACGAUUUUUAGCGCAUCACAUCCUGGCAAUAUUGGAACAAUGUUGUAACUAUUCGAAGCAAUGUCUCAACAAUGUUGCAACCUGUGUUGCGCUAAAAAUCGUCUUUGUGAAUCGUCCCGUUUAACAUCACCUUUCAAUUGCACGAUCUUAUAUUUUGUUUGAGCAAACUAAUUAUUAUCGAGAGCUUCGCUUUUUGUCCUGGCUAAAUAACAAUUAUUCACCGAAGUGGAGGUGGCUAGUCCUGGAUAUUUACCGAACUGCAAAGCAGUGAGGUAAAUAUCCACGACUAGCCACCGACAGGAGGUGAAUAAGCAACAACUAAAUCUUUAGCGCAUCACAAAAUGACGAUUUUUACAAACAUUGUUGUUACAAUUUUAGCUGUAGGCGGCUGCGACCAUCGCUUUUGUUCCGAACAUUAAAAAACAUUUGUUUGUUGCGCUUCAAAAAUCGUCUUUUUUUAUAAAAAAAGAUUAUUAAAAUCGUCCCGUUUAUGAACAAUCAACUAAAUUAAGCAAGCAUUGCAUUUGAUUUUAAACAAAAACGUUUUUUUUUUGAGCAAAAAAUACAAAGCUUUUAUUAUCGAAGAACUUCGUCACCUUCUUCGUUUUUGUCCUUUGUUUGUUUACGGCUAAAUCGAUAUAUUAGUUUGGCGUUUUCGGAGGAACUGGAGGUUGCCAAUCGGAUUGUCGCCCAAGGUUGCGGAUUGUCGCCCCAUGUAAGGGAAUUAGAAUCCUAGGGUUUCUGGAAUCUGGAUUUCCUUACAUUGGGCGAAAAAUGAUUUACUUUUAGGUCAUGAUGGGGUUAUGGUUAAAUUUGCUAAAAAUAAAUAUGACUGCCUCCCAAUACGUUUAUUACCCCCGCAGGGUUAAGAAAUCUCCUUCAAAAAUAGAGAACUCAUUGUCGGGCAUGAUGAGUGAGGAGUUUGAAAAGAUCCAGACCAAGUCCGCUGAGCGAGUCAGAAGCAGACUCAACAAACUAAACAGGUAGGAAAAUUAGCGUAAGCUGAGAAUUUUAAUAGAUUUAUUUGCUAUGUGCGAGACAAGAAACUGCUAAAUGAAUUGUUGGACUAAUGAAUUAAAAGGGUAUGUUCCGAGAGUAUUAAUAUUUCUUAGUAUGAUAAUAUUAUACUAGCUUGUUAGCAAGCGCACACUCUAGGGCGCUCUGGCGGCGGAGCGGGAAAGGGAAGGAGAGCCUGCAACUACAUCUCUGGAAUUUGAAUAUCUGGAUCGAAAAAGUCGAUAAAAAAAUGCUGAUUGGCGGAGAUGACAUUUAGUAACGACGUCAUUACUCUUGGCACGUGUUUUUCAGUGUUUGUCAGGCAUUUGCAGGCUAAGGGCUUUUUAUCCAAUAGGCGCUUAUACAACCGGGAUAGAAAAAGCGCUUCGAAACAAGCUAUAGCAGUGCUUAUUAUAUUAGGUUUUGUUUUUGUUUUUGUUAUAUUAGGCUUUGUUUUUUUUGUUUUUAAUUAAAGUUCGACACGUCAUAACAAAUCAAAUUCAAUUUAAGCUAUUAGCUACCGGCGAGUUUAUAUCCGGUGACGGGCUUAUAAUCGCAUGAUUUUUUCGCUUCCAGUCCGGAUACUAGUCUAAAACAUGGCGGAGGCGGGAGGAGGGGUUGGGGGAGGGGUCUUAUAAGCGGUUUAACGUAUAAGUCGUCAACUCCCUUUAUGAGUUUAAACUGGAAAGUUAAUUAGCGUCCAAUAUCUCAUUCGUGAUAGAUAAAGGGAACAAUCUGGCCGAUAAGAUUCGAUAUGAGGCAACGAUACCUUAUUUAUCCUAGAGUUUACGCUUAGUUAAUCAACUAGUUUACUAGUCAACGACCCUAGUUUAUUUUAAAAAUUAAAAACUAAAAAUGUGCAAUUAUAAUUCACAUAACCCUAAAGCUAAGAACUAAGAAUCGAUAAACGAUUCUUAAGUUCCAAGCAAUCCCUCUCUAUGGUAGUUACUAUAUGAGGUAUACUGAACCAGAAUAUUAAGCAAAACAACUCAACAGAGUUUUAAUCCAUCGUGGCAAAACCAACAAUCCCCGUUACUUGUGCGCACUACUAAUAAAAGAAAGCAACGCGAAAGACCGUUUUGACACGACGUCACGGCGUCCAUAUUAGAGUACGGGAAAAAAAGUCCUCUCGGGAUUGAACUCUUCCUCAUGUAAACGUUUUUCAAUUUUCAACAAAUUCGCAUUGUAGCUGAUCGCGUCAGUAAAAACGAUUUAUACAAUAACUGUCGAUCAGGUAUUUCAAAAUUUCACGCUAAUUUUUCCUAGGAAGGAGAGAGAAUCAUUUGUGAGGAAAGUAUUGGUUUUAGAGCCGUCUUCGUUGUACAAAGUGGAUUUAAAGCGAGUUCAGCAAACUGGCAGGGAUGUCAGUGAAGAUUAUGACAAAGAAGAUGUGAAAACAGCACGCUGGUGAGAAUAUAUACAGCAGAUAAUUUUUAACAUCUAGACGUAACGUUAGAUGAUUAGAUUUGCUUUGACAAUCAGCUUCCAAACACCAUACCAAAAGUGAACUCGAUGAGGCUCCCUCCCAUAUCCAAAAGUAGGCUUGAAGAAAAAAAUACAAUCGGCGACAAAAUUAGUUGAGACCAAGAGCCAUGCUCUAGUUGAGACACUAUGCAAUAAAGGGUCUUUCUAAGUUUUGCUAAUUUUAAAAAUGGGAAAUUAUCGCUUUCUCUACCCCACCCCGUCCAUGCAAUGUUAUGCUGUUGUUCAAGCCACCAGUAGAAAACAACAAACAGACAAACACCGUGACUUUGAAUGGAUGGGAGAGGGGAGGGGUGUGGAUUGAUUUGUUCUCCAAAGUUUAAUGACAAUGUCUUAACAAUUUUGUGGCCGAUUGUGGGUAGUUUUCAACGUUUCUUAUUCUAAAGACAUUUUGAGUGCCUACUUCGUUGCUAUGAAGUAUGAAGAGACACCGAAGAGAAAUGAAUUACUUCCACUUAAACUAUGCUUAUUGCCUACUAUGCAUGCAGGUUCCAAGAUUUAGAACGAGAGGCUCAAGAGCUUGGACUUCAAAGAGAAAUUAAAGUGAUUUGCUUGUUUAGCAAGUUGUAUCCAUUUGCAAUUGACGACGUGACAACUAUUCCUUUCGCCCAGGUUUGUUUUAAUAUGUAAGAUUUAAGGCGGUCUACUGUACGAUCACUAAACAAAACAUUCAAAAAUUAUUUGACGUUUACAGAAACCUCAAAGCGUGAUAUUCAAGUACAACAAUUCCUCAAGUUGCGAAAUGAUUAAGUAAGAGCUUUGGAAAACAAGACCCCCUAAAUGUAGGUACAUUGGGCUGCUGCCCUGCCGAACAUAUUAAUCUGGAUAGACAGAAUAGCUUUAAAGCAAUAUUAGACAAAACACAGCUAAUUAAUUUCAUCAAAGCUCUUCAAUGAAGUCGUGGGUGACCCCGGGCACACUCUUCACAAACUCCUUCCUUCCAAGAAUUCAGCAAAUUACUUUCUAAGGAGGAAUCGGAACUUUGCCUUACCUUUGUGCAAGACCAAUCGAUGCAAAAAAUCUUUCAUUUUUAGUCACGUUUUCUGGGCUUAGUAGUGUUUAAUUAGUUAGUUAUAGUAGCAAUUUUAUACUUUUUACCUUUUUAUUGUUAUAUUUUAUAUGAAUUUUUUUUAAUUGUAAUGUCCUUUUAUUGUAAUGUCUUUCGUAAUUCAGCCUAUGGCUGCAAGGUAUUAAGACAAUAAAGCAUCUAUCUAUCUAUCUAUCUAAUUAAAAACUUAUGUUCACCACUGAACAAAACAAAAUGUCCUAUUUUAAUAAAUACAGGACGAGGGUAAUAAUUUUCGGAAGUUCCAGUUAGAUCAAUUUAGUCACGUUAUACUGUCAUGUAAUAUUUUGGUUGCUGAAGGAUUUGGAUUGGGGUACAAUGUGGAAAUGUCCCAGUUAAAAAUAAUACCUGUCUUUUUUUCUCGUUUCAAAAGGUUUAUUUGUUUAUUUAUAUUUUUAUUCAUAUUGGUAGAGUCGACGAUUUCCAUUCUUCUUGUUUAAAUCUGAAAUGACCCACCCUCACCCAUCCUCCGCCAUCAAUAGUCAAAAGAUUGGCCCCAACGAGACACGCAUCUUCUUCUGGGAGAUCCGUCCGCCAUUUUUGUGUUCAUGGGACCUCGAUGACGAAGCACAAUUUUGUAUUGGGCUUUGCCACAGGCAGCCCAAUGAUGAUUGCAACACCAAAUACCAUUGUCAGGCUCCUGCAUUGUUCUAUUUUUUGUAGGCUAAGCUUUGUCUGGUCGUCCAGUCCCUCCCAAUCUAUGAACUAUGCUCAUUACCAAUGAUGGAUGCAUUGAAGGUCAGCGAUCAUUAACUUAUUUCGGCCGAGAAUAAAUGAUUUUAUGCAGCUAGUUACACCGUCAGGCUAAUGUUUAAUCGUUAGAGGGGGUACAUUACGAACGAGACCUCGACUACUUAUUAUUUAAUUCAGUACAGGCCUGAUUGCAGGUCUCUUUUUCUCCAGCUUCAACACGAAAUAAGUUUCUGCUUUAAAUGUAGUUUUCAGAAUUCAGAGCAUUCAUCCAUGGGUGAUUCGAUCAAUCUUUCAUUGCCUUGGCCUGCAUAAAAUGGAUUGAUAAUAACUGAGGCGCAAGUCCUAGUUCAUUUUGUAGUUGCUUUCACUGUCUUGAUUCACCACGACUAUUACUCUAGUGAACAUCUUUAAUAUUCCCAUAUAACAGGAAAGGAGCUCGAGUGUGUGACAACUUUUCUUUCCUUUUUUAUCUUUUUUUCUUGGAUUAAGCGGACACUGGUGAAAGAGUUCCUCUGCUUUAAGGGUUAUGUCAUGGCAAGUUUGCAAUUUUUUUCAAAGCUGAGCUAAAUUUCCUCAGUCUCCUUUUUUUAUGGUCGGAAAUCUAAAAAAAGAGAAAGCAAAUGAUUCUCUGACGGAAAACAGAGCAUGACCAGUUUUUCAUCAUUUUUUAACAGUUCAGUAGUUUUUGCAAAGAAUUUUGUUUUUCAAGUUACAGUAUGUUGCAUCCAAGCCGUCGAAAACCUUCAAGAAACACGCACUUGUAUAUGAGAUAUGAUGGCGUAGUAGUUUUAAUUAGUAUAUACUAAGACAUUGGAUAGAGUCGCGCGCUCUGAUUGGCUACUCAACCUCCCGGUAUCCAGUGCUAUUCACUGAUUCACCUUCAUUCACUGCGACGCCAAACUCGCGUAAGUUACGAGCAUAAUAGCUUUCCGGUACUUUACUGCCGAAACAAACAAAGAAACUUCACAAAUAAUCAAACAAGCUGUUACCGGAAUACACGAAGAAGGUGACGAAAUUCGGUUUGGAAGUUUAAAUUAAACAGGUGAAGCUUUGACAUGAAUUCAGCCAUGAAACCAGUGAAAAAGUUUUUUGUUAUGCAACUGGAGUCUUGCGUUUCUUUAUUUACUAGCUGUCAUGUUCAUAAAACGAGGCUUAAAACUACAUUUAAUAGGUUUUUACAGAAUGUUUUCAGACACAAAAAGAAUCACGACUCCUUUUGAAGAAAUUUCCCUGGCGCGCAAGAGCUUAACUUGACAAAUGCAAUGCCUUCCAAAAUUUUAUUUGUCUGCCAGAAGACGAGACGGCCGUUCGGUCAUUGCGCUCAAUUAUCUCACUGUUUCAGUGUAUUCUAAUAUCCACCACUACUAGCCACCUCCAUUGUUAUAUAGAACUGAACCAUUAUCUCAUUAUUAUUAUUAUAUUAUUAUUAUUAUUAUUGUUGUUGUUAUUAUUGCUAUUAUUAUUCAAAGUUAUGGUUUUAUUGUAAUACUAAAAGAUCAUGACAAAACUUCUUUAAAUAACAGUUCUUCUUCUUCUUUUUCUUUCUUAUUCUUUACAUUUAGUUUCUUCUUGUGAAUAUACUGAACACCUCAACAGGAACGUUCGACGAAUGGAUGAAUCAAAGGAAACUUUUGCCUGCAGUCAAGUCUAACUGA